AUGGUUAAUCUUACUUCACUUGUUCUGGGCACAAACAACUUUUCUGGUUCAAUAGCUCAUCUUCCUUCUUGCUCCAAGUUAAAAGCUAUAAAUCUUGCCAGGAACAGACUCAUUGGCCAAGUCCCAGAAAGUUUCAAGAAUUUUCAAUCUCUUUCUUACCUUUCACUCUCCAAUUGCAGCCUCAAUAACCUCUCAACAUCUCUUAAAAUCCUCCAGCACUGCCCCAAUCUAACAGUUUUGGUUCUUGCCAUGAACUUUCAUACCGAACAGUUGCCAUCUGAUGAUGACCUACAGUUCAAAGCACUCAAGGCUCUUGUGAUUCCCAAUUGCAGGCUAACGGGCAGCAUUCCGUCGUGGCUAAACGGUUUAACAGAGUUGCAGUUGUUGGAUUUGUCAUGGAACCACUUGACAGGAUCAAUUCCGGCCUAUUUGGGGGCUUUUAAGUCUCUGUUUUACUUGGACUUAUCGAACAAUUCCUUGUCGGGAGAGAUCCCCAAGAGUCUAACACAGUUACCGAGCCUGAUUUCAAGAGAGAUCUCAUUAGAAGAACCGUUCCCGGAUUUCCCGUUCUUCAAGAUAAGAAACACCAGCUGUAGAGGUUUACCGUUGCAGUACAAUGAGAUCAUGAGCUUUCCACCAUUGUUAGACCUGAGUAGCAACUUCCUCACUGGCCCAAUCUGGCCGGAGUUUGGGAACUUGAGAAAGCUACAUGUUCUGGAUUUGAAACGCAACAAUUUAUCAGGUAGGAUUCCGGGUUCUUUAUCAGGCAUGAUGAACAUAGAGAUGCUGGAUUUGUCAUAUAACGAUCUGUCAGGAACAAUUCCACCAUCUCUGGGUCCAUCCCUUCUGGAGGCCAAUUUCAGACCUUUGCGGACUCUAGCUUCGAGGGGAACCAAGGUUUAUGUGGUGGAAUCAAUUAAUAUCGAUUUAAAAUGUGAGAAGUCUGAAGAAUUUUUGCCAACUGAUCCGACAUCUGAGGAGGAUGAUGAAUCAUCUAUCAUUUGGAUGGUUGCAGCAAUUGGGUUUGGAACUGCAUUCCUUGUCACUGUUAUGGUUUUGGUUGUUGUUCCUAUAAUUAGGGAUGCAAACUAA